GCCUCCAAGGCGGAGGGGGCAACCUUUUUUGAGGGUCUCGCCUCAGUCAACCCGGCGGCGCCCCUUCGCCUCCUGGAUGGCAGCACGCGGGGCAGCUGUUUCGCGGCUCCCGGCCCGGCCUGGACGGCCUGCGGGGCGCGCGCCUCCGAGAGGCUCCCCCCGGAGCGGGCCCGAUGGUCUCGACCGGCCCGGCGCGCGCGGGAGCCCGGGGGGCGGGGCGGCGGCCCAUAAAGGCUGUUGGGGGCGGGGCGCGCUCAGUCAGCGUCGCGAGAAGGGGAAGUCGCCGUAGUCGCCGCCGCCGCCGCCACCGCCGGACCCCAGUCCCCCACAAUCCCGCCCGCCGCGUCGCCAUGGCCUGCCGGCCGCGAAGUCCCCACGGGUGCGGGAGCCGACGCGACGGCGACGCCAGCCCGCCGCCCGCCUCAAGAUGGAGCCUCGGACGCAAACGCACGGCUGACGGGAGGCGCCGGAAGCCGGAGGACGCCGAGGGCCCCUCGAGGCCGCCGGGCGACCGCAGACCCGACAGCUUUACCACUCCCGAAGGCCCUAAGCCCCGUUCUAGAUGUUCAGACUGGGCAAGUGCAGUCGAAGAAGAUGAAAUGAGGACUAGAGUUAACAAAGAAAUUGCAAGUUCGGAUUCGAAGGAGUCUAUGUCAGCAUUGCCAGCCGACUUAGAGACCGAUGAAAGUGUCCUGAUGAGGAGACAGAAGCAGAUCAACUAUGGGAAGAACACCAUUGCCUACGAUCGCUAUAUUAAAGAAGUCCCAAGGCACCUUCGACAGCCUGGCGUUCAUCCCAAAACCCCCAACAAAUUCAAGAAGUACAGUCGACGAUCGUGGGACCAGCAGAUCAAACUCUGGAAGGUGGCUCUGCAUUUUUGGGAUCCUCCAGCGGAAGAAGGAUGUGAUUUGCAAGAAAUACGUCCUGUAGACCUCGGGGAGAUGGAGACGGAAUCUGCGGAGAGCAGCUCUGAGUCCCGGACGAGCUCUCAGGAUAACUUUGACGUUGACCUCUUUGGAAGGGUUCAGGCCCGUUUUUAUGAAGCAGGAUGUUCCUCAGUUGGGAGUUGUCGUACUGUCUCCUUGAGGAUUAGAUUCAGGACACGUACUGUGGCACCCCUACGAAAGUUAGGCACGUGGACUGCCAUGCGGGGGAUGAGUUUGACUUGGAAGCCUGUUUGACUGAACCCUUGAAAGACUUCUCAGCCAUGAGCUAACCGGCGCCACCUGGAGGCCCCUGGGAGCAGCGCUGCCUCCCCGGGCGGGGUGGCCCACCAAGCAUGCGUCCUGCCUUUGUAACUGGGGGUUUCUGUCACAGUGUACAGUCUCUUGGUGAAUUGAUGUUCUUGCCUUAUUUUCUUAAGAAACGUUGAUUUUGUGUAUAGGGAAUGCAUUUUGCAUGUUUUAAAUUGUAAAUGGAACUAAAUCCGAGGAAAAUUGAACUCGAGGCAAUCUUGCAACAAUCUUAAUUGCUUAAUCUCCGCAUCCUUGAAGUUAACCUGAGAAGUGUACCGUAACUGGUUUUCCACAAGUUUUUUAGGCGUUAAUUGCUGCUUGUCAGAGGGCUGGUUUGGGUUUAAGCAUAUGUUCACGGGGCUUUCUUUACUGGUAUCUGGCCGAGUGUUCUCAUAAUCAGAUACCUUUAAUAUCUAUGGAAAGGGUUAGGGUUUGGGCCGUUUGUCAUUAUGUCAAGAUGGGUUUUUUUCCUCGUACAGAGCACUGAAUAGUCAGAUAUUAAAUUGAGCUGGUAGGUUAAUGGGGUUUAUGUAAGUUAUACGGUCUUAAUUAGGUACUUGUAAAUAGCACUCAGUAGCCCUUCUACCUAUACUACUCCAAGAGUUAAGACAGCAGAAGGAUUUAGAAAGAACAUUUUUUUAUAGUCAGUUAAUUUACUGUGUACAAUUGCUGUAAAUGAUAAUGUGUACAGAUUUUCUGUUCAAAUAUUCAAUUGUAAACUUCUUGUUAAGACUAUUAUGUUUCUGUUGCUUUUGUAUGGAAUGACAUUGCAAAAAUAAAAAGGACCUUCUUUAACUGA